CAGAAACUGCAAGCGGUGCAUUAUCUUGCCGCUUGGUCUCACUAACGCGCGAUACAUUCUGUGUAUUAACGCCGGUGAACACGUUUUUCCUGCACAUGCACCCCAGAAUAAGGUAUUCCCGCACUGAAUGCUUCGGUCGUGGGCUGUACUUGAACCGAAACGAACUUCGUUAUAAGGACAUGCGUCAAAUGGUCCUGAUAUUCCCCUUCACGAAGGUCCCAUACGCUUUGGUAUUUCACAAUUUUUUACUUUCAUAUCUCGCGAUACCUCAUGGACGGACGUGAAGAUGGCCGGGGUCGUGUCAUAGGUACCGAACUCCGAUGUAUACCAACAAUAUUCCUCGAACCGUGUUGGGGACUGAAAUGGUGCCGCAAAUAUUAUGCUCUAAAACCAAGCGAUUAUGACAUUGGGGUCAUAACACCAGAUGGAAAAUAUAACUCCCUAAAAUUUGGUGGUCCUUUAGCUAUGGAGCAUGAAGCUCGGGAUAAGGUUGAAAAAUCCAACCCAUCUCCAAGCCUGCCCCGCACCAUCCACGAUACUGGUGGUCAGUUAGGCUUAAGGAGACACCAACUGUCUUCUCCACCAUCUUGGGACCUCAGCGUGCCUACAUCUCCCAUGCCCUCUGUUGUGCCCGAGAGAACACAAGGUCGACCUGAUCUUAUGUGUUCUGAUGUCACUGCUGCCCAUUCCUCAGUGGCUCUGAUUACGCCAGCCGGGACGGAGGGGACGCUACACAUACCCUCAUCUAGUACAGGAUCCACCUUGCCGUCGAUCCAGCCACAUUUGGAACCCUAUACAUCAGAGCUCUUGUAUGCUUUGCUCCCGGGACCUUCCCCGUACUCAUCGCAGAACUCUCGUGCCCCCACAGUGGGGACGCCCCAGCAUUUACCUCAUUCAAGCACAGUAUCACAGGAUCCUGAUGCCCUGCUGUAUAGCGUAGCAUCGGACAAUGAUCCCUCUUUAGAGCAAUUUGCUCAAAUAGCAAACGCGCAGUUUCCCCCAGACACCGUCAAUGCCCAUUCCCCCUCACAGGUUCAUGCCAUGACUAUCAUGCAGGCCCCACAAUCGACUUCGCCGGAUUCAUGGCACAGCCUCGAUUUCUCUCCUAUGUCGGCGACAUCGUUGACAUGUUCAACGUCAUUCAGCGCUGACAGCAGUUUGAUUGGAGAGUUCGAGCAGCUUCAUGGCACAUGGGUGGUAACUCCAAUGUCAGAAUUAAUGAUGAUGGGCUUGGACAAAUCGCCGCAAUCUAAUUUCCAGUCGGAGGCAGGGAUGACGGAUGAAUACUGGCAGCUGAGCCGGAACGACACGCCUUUCUCACCGAUCCAUCAGCCGAGAGGGCUAUCUCCUAUCGAUAUGGGUGUGUUUCAGUUACCAGGCACUAGCGAGGUAGAGGAGAACACAUAUUAUCUUUCCGACACCUGUCUCUUCUCCAGCAGCUUCAGUAGCACCUUCGCUUGCUGAAGGUCAUUAGGCAGCUACCCUGAUGCCAGUGUCAUUUCAUUCGAUGUUUCUGUUUUCAUUGUUUCCAAGAACAUGGCGAACAUGAUGCGCCCUCAUCGUGCUACGCCAUGUUGUGUCUUCACGCGUCCUGUUUAGCAUGCAUGCACAUGGCUGGCCAUGCAUGCCGGCAUCAAAAUGAACGAGCCUGGGGUGUUGCAAGAUGCGCGCGAGUUUAUAUUCAUUUAAUACAAGAAUACAAGCACAUAAUGUUAAUGUUGAUGUUUGCCCUUAUGUUCUACUAGCAUCGUAAUAAACGUUAUUACUUUCGAU